CAAAAAAUAAAGAAAGAAAAAAAAAGAAAAAUUUUAGGAUCUUUUUCCAAGUACUUGUUUGCAACUCUGAUUUCUAACCUAAAAGUUUAACCACGUGCGCGUGAUUACUUACGUGCGUGUAGUACAUGUAUUAAUAUUCCGAUUAUUAAUAGCAAAAUAAUAAUUAACAAUAAUUAAUAACAGUACACACGAGGAUGAAGCUUCGCAAUAAAUCAAGCAAGCGCAUGCCAGCGCGAAAAAGAUAUAAAAUCGAGAAAAAAGUUCGCGAACAUAAUCGAAAGUUGAAGAAAGAAGCCAAACAUUCUAAAAAGAAAGCUAAGAUGAUACAAGUACCGAAUCAAUGUCCUUUUAAAGAGGAUAUAUUAAAGGAAAUAGAAGCGAUGAAAAAACACCAAGAGGAGGAAAAGCAGAAACAGAAAGAGGCUGCGCAGGUGGAAAAACGUAAGCAACUUGCCAAAGGUGAUCUACAAAGUUUGGUUAAUCAAGCUCAGAAUAAGCAGUUAGCACAUAAAUCCAUGGAAGUAGAUUCUGCUCAAGAUCAAAUAAAAAAUGCUAUUACUAAGAAAGAAAACUCACUUAAAGCAUAUUAUAAGGAAUUUAAGAAGGUUCUGGAUGCAGCUGAUGUUAUUCUUGAGAUUGUGGAUGCUCGUGAUCCACUGGGAACACGAUGUAAACAGGUCGAAGAAGCAGUUCAAUCUGCAAAGGGGAAUAAAAGAUUGGUACUAGUUUUAAACAAAGCAGAUUUAAUUCCCAGAGAAAAUUUAGAUCAAUGGUUAAAAUAUUUAAGAGCUAGUUUACCAGCUGUGGCAUUUAAAUCGUCCACACAGAAUCAAACAAAGCGAUUAGGCAGAAGAAAACUAGGAAUGAAAACAGAGUCCAUGAUACAAAGCAACACAUGUUUUGGUGCAGAAUUACUCUUGUCAUUACUUGGCAAUUAUUGCAGAAACAAUGGCAAUAUAAAGACUAGUAUUACAGUUGGAGUCGUUGGUCUUCCAAAUGUAGGAAAAUCUAGUGUUAUUAAUUCCUUGAAACGCAGCAAAGCAUGUAAUGUGGGAAAUAUACCAGGAAUAACAAAAACUAUGCAAGUUGUUCAAUUAGAUUCUAAAAUCAAGCUAUUAGAUUCUCCCGGCAUAGUAUUUGCUAAUUCAGACGAAAAAUCUGAUGACACAUCUGUAGCUAAAAAUGCAGUAAAAAUUCAAGCAUUGAAAGAUCCUUUUAUACCGGCGACUGCAAUUCUAAAAAGAAUUUCACGACAACAAAUUAUGGAAUUAUACAAUAUGCAAGAAUUUUCGACGCCAGAUGAGUUUUUCGCGAUGAAAGCGGCAAGGAUGGGAAAAUAUAGGAAAGGUGGAGUACCUGACACACGUGCUGCCGCACGAAGUAUCCUCGAGGAUUGGAACUCCGGAAAAAUUAGGUAUUACACGAUGCCACCUGAACAACCGGUAUGUCAGAUAUCCGCCGAAAUUGUCAGUCAAAUGGCUAAAGAAUUUGACAUUGAAAAAUUUGCCACAGAGGAAAGAAUGAUGCUCGACAAUUUUACAACGGACAAUUCUAUCGCGGAUCCUACACUAAUUGAUAGUUCAGGACCUGUCACGGCGGCAAUGGAAGUCGAAAUCCAAAAGAAUUGGUAACGUGAAUUUAAAGUGCAAAAAAAAUUAAAGAAAAAGUUGCAAGAUACAAAGAAAGAUGUAUCUGCUGAAAGACUGAAGAAAUCAGAUCCACUGUUUGAGAUUGAAGGCAAUCAAAAAUUGAAUAAACUCAGAAAACUUGAAUUCAAGAAACAAAAGAAGGAACGAGCAAGAAGAGAGAAAACCGCUAUUAAACUAGCAGGACAGCUUGAAGACUUCAAAUUUAAUUCCGAUGAUUACGACUUUAAUACAGAUUUUACAGCUACAUAGAAUAUCAAUGUUUUAUGAAUUAUGAAUAUGUGUGUGUAUAUAUGUAGUAUAUAUGCGCACAGAUACAUACUAUGUCUGUUAUAUGUAGAAUAAUAAUGAUGUAUAUGUGAUAUACAUUCAUUAUAAUAAAGAUUAUUCUGAAUACAAAUA